AUGAAGCUUUCAUCCUUUGAACCCAAAAUGCCUGCGCUUGAUACUUCUAUCACUACUCCCGUUCGUCGACCAUCUAUUGCUUCUGAGUUUGAAGCUGCGAAUCAGAAAUUUGCUGCAAGUUUUAACCAGUCGCAUCUACCCUCUCCACCUCGUCGAAAAGUCGCUGUUGUAGCGUGCAUGGAUAGUAGAUUGGAUGUCGAGAAAGUGCUGGGUUUAGAUCUUGGUGAUGCGCACGUCAUCAGAAACGCUGGUGGUCGCGCAGUAGAAGCACUCCGAUCAAUCUUGAUUUCUCAGCAGAUGCUCGGCACGCGUGAGAUAAUCAUCAUGCACCAUACCGGCUGCGGCAUGCAAACAUUCUCCGACACAGACUUUCGCGCUAAAAUCCGGAAUGAAUUGCACGAAGAUGUAGAUCAUAUGGCUUUUCUACCUUUUUCUGAUUUGAGACAGAGUGUUAUUGAUGAUGUUGCCUUUUUGAGGAAGAGUCCUUUAGUUUUAGAUGUGCCGAUUACGGGGUAUGUGUAUGAUGUCAAGACGGGACGGAUUGAGCUUAUUGAUGAGCGAGCUGAGAGCGAGUGUUCGAGCCCAUAA